CACGGCCUCCGCGCCCCUGGCCAGCUGCUUGGUGCCCGCGCCCCUCCGCCCCGCUUCCUGCCUGGACGCCCUCGGGAGUCACCCUGCCCUCGAGGGGACACGGGUGGGGUAGCCGCAGCCGCAGGCUUGACCGCGCGGCAAUGAUGCCCAAGCGUGCUGAUCGAUCUCAGCGAGCUGAGCCUGAGGUGACGAAAAGAAAGCCGCGGGAAGGACUGCCCCGCCCACACCGGCCUCGGUCCCGCCCACCUCGGGGUUUCGGGCCCCCGCCCCCCGUCUGUUAUUGGCUGCCAACCCGGAUAUCCCGUUCACUGGCGCGUCUCAAGGGACCGCCGCAGGAGGCUGGUCCAGCGGUUCCGGAACAUGGCGGAAGGUGAAGGCUGGCGGCCGCCGCGCCCGUGCGAGGCCUACCGCGCCGAGUGGGAGCUCUGCCGCAGCGCCGGGCACUUCCUGCGCCACUACUACGUCCACGGCGAGCGGCCGGCGUGCGGGCAGUGGCGGCGCGACCUGGCCAGCUGCCGCGAGUGGGAGGAGCGCCGCAGCGCCGAAGCCCAGCGGUCCCUGUGUGAGAGCGAGCGGGCCAGAGUUCGGGCUGCACAGAAGCACGGCCUGGUGUGGGUGCCCAGGCAGAGCCCCCCAGAAGACUGGCACCUCCCUCUGCCCGAGGACAAGGACGGGUGACCGGCCCAAACUCCAGAGGGCCCCUGGGAGCUUCUGCCUAGCGUGAGACAUGGAGCCCUCGCCUCCAGCCUCACCUGCCCCGCCGUCACCCCCAGGCUUGGAGCUGGUCCACCCAGCACGUGGCAUCCCCGCGGGCAGCCAGGCAGACCUGGGGACAGCGGCCCAGGAGAGGCUGUCCCGAGGGCUGGGCUCCUCAGACGAACCCUCCAGGGGCAGCUCUGACCCGUGGGGACACUCGGGGGGGGGGGGAAUGAGGCAGCCCCACCUGACCCUGCUCUGGUGACCACCACGCACCUUGGCCACGGUGCCCUCCUGCCACGGCCACUCACCGCUCCUUCCCUUGGAAUUUCCCCCAGUUGUUUUUAGAAAACGUGGAUUAUAUUAAAAGACAUUUCACAGGUUUGAUUCCAAAUGGAAACUGUAAAUUGCAUCCAGGGUUUAUUGAAAGAGUUAGAUGCAGGCAGUUAGAAUUUUGUAUUCUUACAAUCUUGUAAAUGCUUUAAAAUUACAUGUGUUUGAACCAAGGGGAACCCUCGUUCUUUGGAGGUCUCUUUCUUCUGCUGAAAUGAUGUAGUCUCUGGGGCCAUGCGGCCGGCCUGCCGCCUGGUGCUAUGGAUCAGGCCUGCAGCGUCUUGGCUGCCCCCCGGGCCCUAGCCGGGGCCACAGGUGUGGCUCUGCAUCAUGGAACCCAUUCUUGGGGACAGAAUAACCCACCCCUUCAGAAAGACGUUCAUUAUAGGGUCCCCACCGUGUGCCCCAGGGGUCCUCUGUGACUGUGUACCUGUGAGCAGUGGGGGUGCGCGCACGGGACCCCCAGAGCAGAGGUGAGUAUAAGAAAGGCGCAGGGUGCUCCCUCUGGCAACCAGGGCCUGUCAGCCGUGGCUGCAGCUCUGUCCAUGGGCGUUUCUGUGCGAUGAGAGGGAGGGACGGCUGGGCCCUCCCCGGGUCUGAAACCCCGAUGGGGGGCUGUGUGCUGGGAACGGCGGCCACCCCCUGGUUCCCGGGAUUCCUGCGGCGGGGCACUGGCGCCGUCAGGAACCCCACACCUGCUCGGAUGCUGCUCGUGCCUCCAGUGCAGGGGAACGUGCCUGUGUCCAUGCGUGUCCACGCCCUGGGACUGCAAGCCUGAAACGGACACGUGGCCUCCGUCCUGUUGAGUUCAGGGGACGGACAUGAACGUUCAGGCGUCAGCUGUGAAUAGACUGAAUCGGGCAGCAUCUUCCCAACCCUCGGGACAGAGCUCACGGUGACGAGCUGUUUGGGGGUGACUUGGUGCAGCACCCACCAAAGCCCACAAGGACGUGAUCUCAGGGACGCUGGUGGCUCCGGGGCCAGGGUCGGAGCGCCAUCCUGGGGAGCCUGUGAUACGAGGACUUGCGGCGGGGCAGCGGGCGGGGAACCGGGACCCACUCGGGCAGCACCCUUGGCCUCUGGUGCAGGUGAGACUAGCCGUGCGUGAGACGUGACCCUACGGAGCUGUGCUCGGCACCUCCCUACCAAUCUCCAAAGAGGUUGAAACAAAACAGCUUGGCCAUGACCUACUGACUUGAUUGUCCAACCUCUCCGAGGAAAGCUACAGGGUUGAAAAGCACCUGUGAGGGGUGCGGCGGUGGGGAAGGCUCUGAGUGUGGCCCUGUCUGAGGAGGAGGCUGGAGGCUUGCAAGGCUGAGAAGGAGCCACAGGCUGAUGAGGCCGGGGUGGGUAGCCAGGGUCCUCUAGGCCAGUGCACAAGCUCAAUGCUCACUCAGGUGAAACGUCCCCCGGUGUGCCUGCCCUGAGGUGGGCCUCUGCCUACACGGCCCCACGGCCCCUCGGCCCCUCGGCCCCUCGCUGCUGGGCUGCAUCAUGCCCCCCACCCAGUUCCUUUGGGGGAGGCCUACCCCCUGCUGCUCUGUGCGUGCUGAGCCACUUCAGUCGUGACCAACUCUUUGUGACCCCAAGGACUGCAGCCCGCCAGGCUCCUCUGUCUAUGGGAUUUCCCCAGGUAAGAGUGCUGGAGUGGGUUGCCAUACUCUCCUCCAGGGGAUCUUCCUGACCCAGGUAUCAAAACUGCAUCUCCUGUGGCUCCUGCAUUGCAGGCCAGUUCUUUCCCGCUGAACAACCAGGGGAAUCCCCAAUCCCUGCUACUGAGCGUGACUGUAUCUGGUCUUUAAAGGGGUGAUUAAGCGGAAAUAGGAUCGCUUGAGUGAGUCACUCAGUCGUACCUGACUCUUUGCGACCCCAUAGACCAUACAGCCAAUGGAAUUCUCCAGGCCAGAAUACUGGAGUGGGUAGCUGUUCCCUUCUCCAAAGGAUCUUCCCAACCCAGGGAUCGAACCAGGUCUCCUCCAUUGCAGGCGGAUUCUUUACCACCUGGGCCAGAGGGGAAGCCCAAGGUCGCGUGGACAGGCCCUAAUGCAAUGACCGGCAUCCUUAUGAGAAAUCAGGGCACGGAACAACCACGCAGGAACACAAGACGAUGGCCAUCUGCAUGCCGAGGAGAGCAGCCUUGGAAGGCACCAGCCCUGCCCACACCUGGACCUGGGACGUCCAGCCCCAGAACUGAGAGAAAUAAAUGUCCGCCGUCUCAG